AUGGUUCUUCCGAAGCCCUAUCCAGUGGUGUGCUUGGUCCUGGCAGUGUCCUUGCAAGUCGUGUCUACUGUCGCAAAAUGCAAUUUGGUGCGAAUCACGUCGCCCUUCGUUGUGUGUCCAAAUCGGAUCAGAGAAGAUGGAAGCAAAAAGUUUGGCCAUGGCGAGGAGGAAUUCAAAUUGAUGGCCCUUUCCAGCAACUUGAUACUUCCUCAGUCGGUGAACUCUACCCGGAAUUCAUCAGACCCAAGUCCCUGCAGAUGGGCGGGAAUCAGUUACAACAGAAGUGGAUAUGUCACUUCAAUUGAGCUUCCUGUGCUACGAAUUUCGGAUUCUCUGGGCAAAGAAAUUGGGUUGAAUAGACGUCUGAAGAAACUAAAUCUUGUUGCCAAUGAUCUUUCUAGAUUUAUUCCCUCAGAAUUGGGCAAUUGCACCCUUCUUGAACACUUGAAACUCUCAAAUAAUUUCCUUUCAGGUGAGAUACCAGUGACCCUUCAGAAUUUAGAAAAGUUAUCAAACUUGGCGCUUUACGAAAAUUCACUGAGUGGCAAUAUACCGAGUCUUUUGUUCCAAAGACCAUCUCUUGAGAUUAUUUACCUUAAUGAUAAUAAUCUCAAUGGCUCAAUUCCUUCUUUCAAUGCAAAUGCAUGCAACGUUAAAUUAUUACAGCUAGGUCAAAACAAUCUUUCUGGUACUUUGCCUUAUUCAAUUGGUAAUUGUAGUGAGUUACAGUAG